AACCGAAUUCCUUUGAUUCCUAUUGUCUUCCACCGCCCGAUGUCGACGGUUGAAUCAGCCAAUAUUCCAACCGUUGAAUAUAAACUAUACAGACUUGAUCAAUCACCAAAUAGUCAAGCAAAAUGUUUGCGCGAGCAUGCAUUAAAUUAUUUUAAAAAUCUCUACACAAUAAGGAGAAUGGAAACAACAGCCGGAAAUAUGUAUAAGGAAAAAAUAGUUCGAGGUUUCUGCCACCUUUACACAGGCCAGGAAGCUAUUGCUGUUGGUAUCGAAGCUGCGAUUUCCAAAGAGGACUCUAUUAUUACAUCAUAUCGAUGUCACGCCUUUUGUUAUACUCGUGGAAAUUCAGUACAUUCUAUCUUAGCAGAACUUGCAGGUAAAAGCACAGGCGCAACUCAGGGAAAGGGAGGAAGCAUGCACAUUUAUGGCAAUAACUUCUAUGGAGGCAAUGGCAUUGUCGGUGCACAAAUUCCUCUUGGUACAGGAAUUGCCUUUGCUAACAAGUUUUUGGGCAAACCAAAUGUUUGUUUAGCUCUUUACGGUGAUGGUGCUGCUAACCAAGGUCAAAUUUUUGAGGCCUUUAACCUUUCAAAAAUUCAUAAUCUUCCUAUUAUUUUCAUUUGCGAAAAUAAUCAUUAUGGUAUGGGUACAGCUGCUCAUCGUUCAAGCGCAAAUACGGCAUACUAUACGAGGGGAGACUCUGUUCCUGGCAUAUGGGUAAGCUUAAUCAUUUCGUUAAACUAA